CAUUUCCAUAAUUCAAGUAGUUGUUUUCCUUUUUCUCUUUUCUUUUUUUCUCUUUUUCGUUCGCAGCGAUGUCGCGACCUCUCCUCCGAUUCACUGCGCUGCUGGCAGCGCUGCCCUCGGCUUUUGCGCAGUCGUUGACGCAGAUCAGUAUGAGUACCGGAGCUGCUGUAGUGGCAGCAGAAUCAACUUCGACAACAUCACAGACAGCAUCUGCCAAGCCGGGGACGACGUUUUCAAUGCUGGUCACAGGUGUAGGGUCCAACGCAACGACAAGCUCGAGUGCCGCAGUAUCAUCCGCUACGAGCGCUGCUGGUACAACAAAGACCUGGGUCAUCAGCGUAGGAAGCGCAAACGGCUCGCUGAUCUAUUCGCCGGACACAAUCACCGGUGCACAGGUGGGAGAUCAGCUGCAGUUCCAGUUCUACCCGAACAACCACACGGCUACUAUGGGAGACUACAACAAUGCUUGCCAGCCCGCUCAGAAUAGCUCGAACGCGUUCUUCUCGGGCUUCAUGCCAACCACGGAGCUGGGCAAACUCACGUUCACUGUAACGGUCAAGGACACUAACCCAAUCUGGAUCUACUGCUCGCAAGGCAGGCAUUGUCAAGAAGGCAUGGUCGCAGUCGUCAACCCUCCGGCAACUGGUCAGACGCUUGCAGACUACAAACAACGAGCAGCGGUAGCUGCAAAGAACGUGGCACCCUCGUCUGCGACAGGAGGUCAAGCCGCUUCUGGAGCAUCUACGACUGGUGCAACUACGACCGGUGCUGCUACAGCGGGAACAGCUAGCACUACCUCGUCUACGUCAAGCGCAGCUGUAGCAACGAAGUCAAAUACGGCGUCGUCAGCCUUCAAGGCGAGUUCAUUUGGCCUAGCUGGGGUCGCAGCGAUUGCCGUGCUUCUCCUGUAGUCUUCCAAUUCACGACAACCGUGUCUUAUUAACGAAGUUGAUGCUUUGGCCCUUUACGAAUGUACAUUAGUUGAUUUCCAAAAGCUAUCGGCACAAAGGAGUACAUUCGCCAAAUUAUGAUAUCCCUGUCUGCAUUGUAGUAAGAUCAACCUAAC